GGUUACCGGGAUUUAUACUUGUGCACACCCAUCCUGUUUUCCCCAGUCUUCAUCUUUUCAUGAGUAUUGUUGAGGACACACAAAUUAUUAAGGACUCGGCUUCAGUAAAACUAAGUAUUCUGAAAUUAUAUUGGGCUAGUUCACCAAUGUUCAGAGACUAUGGCAUUUAUGUUGCUGAAUCUUUGUGCUCCUGCGCUCUUCCUGAGUCUUCUGAAAGCUGGGAGCAUCAGAGCCCAAUGCACACAGCCAGAGACAGACUCGUCCAUUAUUCAAAGUUUCUCAGAUGGAUCCACUGUAACAUUUGAGUGCAUGACUGGACACAGGCCAGUUAACUCAGGAGCAUCUAAAUCAGUUACCUGUCAGGGAACCCAGUGGACAAAUCUGGAACUCCGUUGCACAAGAAAAUCCUGUGGAAGCCUUCAGGAUUUUCUUAAUGGGAGAUAUGAAAUGACUGGAAAUUUAUUUGGUGACACUGCUAAACCAGUUUGUAAUAAAGGAUACAUGCUAGCGGGUAAAGAAACAACAAGAACAUGCAGAGAUCAGGGAUGGGAUGGCCGAGAUCCUGCCUGUGAAUCGGUGAAAUGUUCAGCACCUCCAGCUAUAGAACAUGGGCAACUUGAAAAUGUGCCUUUGGAGAGUUAUGCUUAUUCAGAUGCAGUCUCCUAUAAAUGCAACCCAGGACUUAAUCUUAUUGGUCAAUCCACACUUCAUUGUUCUGAGGAUGGAACCUUUAAACCAGAUCCACCGAAAUGUUUUGCGGAAUGCACACAGCCUUCUUUUGCAUCAAGAAAUGUCAUUUUAACAGCAGAGUAUCUCUCGACUCAAAGUUUCCCAGAUGGAUCCACUGUAACAUUUGAGUGCAUGACUGGACACAGGCCAGUUAACUCAGGAGCAUCUAAAUCAGUUACCUGUCAGGGAACCCAGUGGACAAAUCUGGAACUCAGUUGCACAAGAAAAUCCUGUGGAAGCCUUCAGGAUAUUGUUAAUGGGAGAUAUGAAAUGACUGGAAAUUUAUUUGGUGACACUGCUAAACCAGUUUGUAAUAAAGGAUACAUGCUAGCGGGUAAAGAAACAACAAGAACAUGCAGAGAUCAGGGAUGGGAUGGCCGAGAUCCUGUCUGUGAACCGGUGAAAUGUUCACCACCUCCAGUUAUAGAACAUGGGUAUCUUGAAGAUGAGCCUUUGGAGAGUUAUGCUUAUUCAGAUGCAGUCACCUAUACAUGCAACCCAGGACUUAAUCUUAUUGGUCAAUCCACACUUUAUUGUUCUGAGGAUGGAACCUUUAAACCAGAUCCACCGACAUGUUUUGCGGAAUGCACACAGCCUUCUUUUGCAUCAAGAAAUGUCAUUUUAACAGCAGAGUAUCUCUCGACUCAAAGAUUCUCAGAUGGAUCCACUGUAACAUUUGAGUGCAUGACUGGACACAGGCCAGUUAACUCAGGAGCAUCUAAAUCAGUUACCUGUCAGGGAACCCAGUGGACAAAUCUGGAACUCAGUUGCACAAGAAAAUCCUGUGGAAGCCUUCAGGAUUUUCUUAAUGGGAGAUAUGAAAUGAGUGGAAAUUUAUUUGGUGACACUGCUAAACCAGUUUGUAAUAAAGGAUACAUGCUAGCGGGUAAAGAAACAACAAGAACAUGUAGAGACGGCGGAUGGGAUGGCCGAGAUCCUGUCUGUGAACCGGUGAAAUGUUCACCACCUCUAGCUAUAGAAAAUGGAGAACUUGUAGAAGUGCCUUUGGAGAGUUAUGAUUAUUUAGAUGCAGUCUCCUAUAGAUGCAACCCAGGACUUAAUCUUAUUGGGCAAUCAACACUUCAUUGUUCUGAGGAUGGUACCUUUAAACCAGAUCCACCGAAAUGUUUUGAUGGGUGUCCAACACCUACAGUUACUAACGCAAAAAGAAUUGGUGGAAAAUCACCUCCCUACAAACUGGGUAACUUCAUACAAUAUAAAUGUGAAGAUGGCUAUGAAAUGAAAGGAGAAGCUUAUAUUGUUUGUCGAGCAAAUGGAUGGGACCCUGAAGAACCAAGUUGCAAUGCUCUAUCUACCACGACUACCACAACCGCUGUGACUUCCAAGAAGGCUCUAUCUACCACGACUACCACAACCGCUGUGACUUCCACUGUUUCCAUAACAUCCAAGAAGGGAAAAACAGAUGAAAACACAAAAGGCUCAAGUUUCCCUACAUGGGCAAUAGUAGUUAUUUGUGUAGUUUUGGGAAUUGUUGUUGCCGUGGUGAGCCUUGUGUAUGUCAACUAUCGUAAGAAACGCUCAGAACAUGUAAAGGUUGAAAAAGAGGAGGAUCAACCAUUAUAACUCCCUCACACACUUGGUCUCUAUGAAGCUGUCCUUGAUGAAAUCCAAGGAAAGAAUCCUUCAAAUAUAUAUAUCAUUUAUAAACGCACUUCCCAGAAUCCAGCAAGAGGCAAACAGAUUUCCUUCAACAAAUUCCUCCAUAAUCACACCCAAUGUUGCUUUAAAAAGACAAGCUUAAAUUGGAAUAACUCCCUUUUUGCAGUCUCUUACUUUUUUUCCAUUCUGUCCUGUAAAACAGAUCUGUCUUCACAUAAUUAAGGUUGAUUUCACUUUUAUAAAGUGUAUGCUUGUCAUUUCUUAAUUUUUAACACUGUUAAUACAGUCAUCACUUCUCUUAGUGAUGUUGCUGUUCCUGAGUACAUCUUUCAUGACAAAAAAAAUGCACUGAAUGUCCCUUGCCUACCUGAUUAAGGCAAUGAAUACAUUAUGGAUACAUUCAGGAUGAAUAUUUUAUGUAAAAAGUCCAAAUUUGAAUGUCUGGUUUUGUAACUAUUUCAUAGUUUUUAGGAAUCCACAUUGUGCAAACAAAACCAAAGGUUGUACAAUGCUUAAUGUUUUGUUUUUAUUUUGCUUGGGGUUACUUUUCAUUGGGAUAAAACAUGUGCAUAUUAACCUUCCAGUACUUCUGUUAAAAGUCCUGUUAAAUCCUGCUGAAGUACUUGGGAGUGCUUUUUCAUUCUGAGGUUUUUGUUAAGGGUCAUCGAGCUGUAUGUGAUGUGUUGAGCAGGAUUUGUAUAGCUUCUAAUUACAAUAGAAAUGCUUUGCUGUUGGUCUCGAAUUACAGACUUCAAGAUUUACAGAGCUAAUGAAGAAAAGACAAUUCUGUUAACUUUUCAUCUCAGUGAUGUUAAACGUAAUUUACUUUUGUCUGUUUUAUUAAGAUUUACAGAUUUUUUCCAAAGUAUUUAAGACCAAAUUACCUAGAGACCUAAUUGCUUUUUGUUAUUGGGAAUUGCCCCUCCCCCCUUUUUGGAAAAGAUUGCUAAUUUUAAUAAUUUGUCCUAACUUGCUCUUGCCAAAUUGCAGUCAUGUAAAAUAAUCUAGUUUAGUUCAGCUAAUAUUUUUAUUUAAUUGGUCAAAUAGUAAUUUAUUUUUAACAGCAACAUUUUUCCCCAAAUGAGUGUGGUUUUUUUUUCUCUGUGUGUUUGUGUUUCUCAGCUUGCAAUUUCAAAAAUGUAUCAUAUUAUUUUAAUUUAACAAUUAGGUGUCGUUUGUAAUGGUUUUGAACCACUACUUUUUUUUUUUUGGUGCCUUUUUAUAUAAGGAAUGCACUGGCAUGGCUCUGUGACAGUGCCAAUUCUGAAAAUCAGCAAAGUUGAUAUAAGUCCCCCUCUUGUAAUUCUGUAUUUCACUGAGAUGUCUGCCUGCCUGGAAGGUCUCAAAAUUAAAGCUCCACAAUCUAAACCGAA